AGUUCCUCGAUUCUGCGCUUUACCUCAGUCCUCCAAGGAUCAAGACCGAAACGCGGUGUUCCAGGUUUAUGUUUUCAGAAUUAACUCUCUCUCUCUCCCCCCCCCCCUAUCUUUCCGUGGCAAGGAUUUUUCAGUAAACGAGAUUAGGAUGUUCUUAACAAUUUUUUACAUGAUGGCCACAUUCCUGAAAUCACGAUCAACAUCAAUUUUGAGAAAAUAUUUCCAUACUAUUUUCAAAAGAGAGAAUGAUUCUUCUAUUUUACUCUAUUCUAAGUUGCCUAGAUAUGUAUCCCCAACAGAAGAUAUACCAAAGGAAGGAAUACAGAGUGCAUUUAACGAUAAUAUUCUAACUCCCUCGGAAUAUGAGAAAUAUUUUAUUAAGGUACCCAGACUUGGAGAAUUACUCUUUCAAGAGGGAAAUAUAAAAUUAUACACGAUAUGUCCUCAGCAACAAAUUGGCAUAUCAGGCUGGCUGGCCUGUGAGAAGUUCUUGUUUCCCUUUUGUGGGAAUGGUAGCUGUCAGAUUUUAAGUGCAUCUGAUAAUAUGCACAUUCUCGUUGAAGCUGCUUUCGGAGCACGUGAAGUUCAGGCCUCAACAAUCGCUGCGAAACUUGAAGAUUACGGUCUAAUCACGGCAUGGACAGCAAAUCCAGAUAGCAUUGAUUUUAUUUUAGAGACAGAUAUCGAUCAUAUCACAAACUUCAUGAUUGCGAUCGUUGGUGAACAAUAUUACAUUAAUAAUAGGGUAUCCUUCACGUGCAUACAAUCUGUAGCAGUAUCGGGGAGGCCAUGUAGUUAUAAUAUCGAAGACCCGAAUUCAUCUUCAACUGCGAAUGCGGUAAAUGCGAUGCAGAUAGAUUGGGAUACUUAUGUUGAGAAAUUAAUGGCAUUAAGUGAGGCGGCUCAAGAAGCCAGCAGGAAGCAGAUACCUCAAAAGAUCACCGGAUACGAUGUGUAUCCGCAAAAUGAAGAGACAGACGCUGAAAAAACAUUACCGACUACUCCUGUAGAGUCUGUAAAAAAAUCGAUAGAUCUCAAUGAUACUGAAAAUGACACCGAAACGUCAGAAACGUCUCAUUUAAGAUCGACUACCGAUGAUAGAAAGAAGCACGACCUAGAGUCUUCGGUAACCCCAAUUAAUGCGAGUGCCCCGUCGAAAGAAGCACAUACUGCCAGUAGUGUGACGAAAGGUCCCGGUGCUUCGGCAAUAGCUCAAUCAUACGACGCUAUGAAGAGAAAAGACAAUAUAUUAUCGAGCACGUCUAAUGAGAUUUCUACCAAAGAUACGUACCAAAGCAAAUCAACCGUAGAAACUAGGAAUCUCCAAGCUCCUUUCACAUUGAAAGGAGAUGAGAAAUCUAGUGGGAUCGUUAAACCACCAAACGUAGUCAUUUAUGCAGAUAGUCCAGACGCCAUCAACAAUGUAAAGACUGUACUAGGGAAAGCAUUAGAUCCAGAUCGAUACAUUAUCUACGCGUUAUCGAGAGAAACCGCUUGCUCCAACGUUUGGAUAGAUCAAGUUGCUUUAGUCGUUAUUUGCGGCAACGUCGAUUCCGAGGUGAAAAUCCAGCUCGUCGAAUACGUCGUACGCGGAGGUAAACUCCUGGCGUUAUGCUCCGACAUGCUUCACACUUUGCUGCCGUCGUUCAAGACCGCGGAGGUGCGUGAAAGUGAACUCGUUUAUUUUUCCUACGGUAAAUGGAAGCAUAUGCGUAUGAUGCAUCACAUAUUUUGCUAUCACGCGUCCCCCGUGCGAGCUCGUUUCUCUCAAGAUCAGGAAGACAUAAGAGCACCCGGACUGAAUCCCCCGGCUUCGACCAGCGUCAAAGACAAGAAAGGGAAUUCGCAUUCGUUUAAUGUGAAAGUACUGGGCACGGAGGAAACGUGGCACAAUCCGAGUAUACUGCUCGCCACUCUGGCGAGCAGCGGUGGUAAAGUGGUGUUCUCGCAAAUUCACCUCGAGGUGGAUCCAACGCAAUACGAGUACGAGGAGGAUAAAUUCAAAGCGCUCAAGGAGAGUAACGCCGCGCGUUUGGAGAUAAUCAGCGAUCUGCUGAGCACGCAUCUGGGGAUGCAAACGAGUCAAUCCGCUGCUCAAGCAGACGUUCAGACAUACACUCCGGCAUAUUUCUUAGGAAGAUACGAGGACAAGAUUGAACUACUCAAGAAGCUGAAGCCUAAGAUGCAACCGUUUGACUUACUGAAGAUGUCGCGAUUAAGCAUCCAGUUUUGCUCAAAGUUCAAUGAAUUACAAAGAAUCGCCCCGUCAGCAUCUUGCCUUCCUAUUUUGAUACAUGGCUGCCCGGAUAACUUUUCCACUACAAAAUACUUCGAGAGACUCGACACAAAGAAAAUGGGUCGCUUGGUGAUUUAUGCGGACGUCCUGACGUCGUCUAUGCAUGUAACUGACUGUACUUCGUUGGAACAUGGACUAGCGGUUAUUCCACGGCAGCAAACUGAAGGCCAAGGUCGAAGCGGAAAUUUAUGGCUCAGCCCGAUUGGUUGUACCAUGUUUACGUUACAAAUGCACCUCGACAUGAAUUCAGUCAUAGGAGGUUGCAUCUCAUUAAUUCAGCAUUACGUUGCUGUGGCGAUUGUACACGCUAUAAGAUCAAAACCAGGAUAUGAGAAUAUUAAUCUCAGAUUGAAAUGGCCUAAUGAUAUAUAUAUCGGUAAUUCGAAAAUCGGCGGCCUUUUGGUAAAAACAAAAAUAGACAGUACAAAAUGUAUUUGCGAUAUCGGUGCCGGUAUAAAUCUUUCUAACAGUAAACCAACAUUGUGCAUUAACACUGCAAUUCAAGACUAUAAUCAGAAGCAUGGUACAAAUUUGCUAACGUUUUCGUACGAAGAAUUCGUAGCAGAAGUAUUUAAUUGCAUUGAAUACUUAGUAGAUAGAACUGUAUAUCCGGAAGAUACGAAGUUCUUCUACGAACUUUAUUAUAAAUAUUGGUUGCACGAGGAUUCCCACGUAACGGUGGUAAAACAAAGCGGAGAAACUGAAAAUGUUGUGAUUAAGGGUAUCGACGGUUUCGGAUAUCUAUUGGUAGAAGAUGGCAAGGGCAAAAGAUUUUCUCUUCAUCCGGAUGGGAAUACGUUCGAUCUUCUUAAGGGACUAAUAUCACCGAAAUAGAGCCCUCUGUGACACUUGUGAUCUGUUAUUAAUGUCGUGUUGUAAUUAAUAUUUUUAUGUUGUGCUUAUUAUUAAUCGUUGUUGAAAAUGAUUCUUUAUCAAUGCUAGAUAAAAUUUAUUCACGAGAAUUAUUUUUCAAAUAUUUACUAUGUACAUAUAUAUAUAUGUUCCUAAAA